UUAAAAAUUUUGGUGCUCAAGCAUUAUGAGAACGCUUUUGGAUUUCCCUUUGCGAAAGGAGAAUAAAAAAAUGAUUACGACGCCGCUUCGUGCAUCCUUCACCGAUAACAGUGCUUCCUCAAUCUUCGUGCAUCUUCACAAUAUUCUUAUUCGUCCACGAUUCCUCUAGGAUAGAGUGAAAGAAGAUCGUUCGUGCCAUGAGCGACAAAGUCGCUGAGGCGAGUUAAACGUCCGUUGGAAGAUCCUCGUAGACUGGGAAAGUGCUUGCACCAGGUUGCCGAUCUCCGAAGAGGGUGCCCGACGAUGUACGGUUUGUACAGAGCGUGGUUCGGCAGCGGGACCAGCGGCACCACCAGCUACCCCUGUCUCCAAGACACGUUCUCGCCACCUGAUACGGUCGUGCGAGUCGGUAACGAGGGCGAGCACCAGUUCGUCGCGCACAAGGGCGUGCUCGCGGCUCACAGUGGAUAUCUCAAGGCCCUGCUGGCGAGCGCGGCGACGACGACGACGUCGUCGGCGAGUUCGCCCUUUGAUCCCUCCUGCGCGACUGUCGCUGUCACGGCGACCAACGGACAGUCGCAGCGACCGGUCACCUCCGUAUCGGUCUCGUCCAUUGGUGGAGAGGCGUUCGCGCCGCUACUCAACUACAUGUACACCGGGCGGUUGGAGGUGACACUGGACAACGUUUACAGCGUGCUGCUGGCGACGCAUCUGUUGCACAUGCCGGGCGCCCUGGAGCAGUGCAGGGCCGCGUUGUUGAGGCUGCGGGCGCCGCCGCCGCCGUUGCCGACGUCGGCGACGUCGUCGACGACGACCGCCGGCUCGCCACCGAUCGGGGGGACCAGCAUUCUGCGGCCCAUACCGAGCCGGCUGGUGGUGGGACCGCCACUCUGCUGGCCCCCGACGACCCCGCUCGCGUACUCGCCGGCAUCGGCGACCAUGUCGCAUCAUCUGCCGUCGAUGCAGCCGCUGAUGCGACCGACGACCGUGCCGUCCAGUAUCAUCGCCUCGAGAGAGAAGCAAGAGCAGUGCGUGCAUUAUAGCGUCAAUGAGAUAGCAAAGUCGCCGCCGUCCUCGCCAACUUUACGUCAUAAACGUCCGAGACCGAGCUCCAGCAGAUCGAGGACACCAGAGAUCGUGUCUACCGUCUCGACCCUACCAUUCGUGGCAGCAGCCGCGGCCGCGUUUACCGCGUUUACCGUAACGAAUAGCACGGCGAAUUCCACGACAAGAACGUCGUCGCCGUCGCGCUCCAUCUCGCCGACACCGACCUCCGUGUCGCGGACGCACUCGCCUGCGCAUCAUCGCGACAAUGAAAAUUCGACGACGGAUCGCGACGAGGCUCAACAAGAAGCGGAGAUCUCCGCCAAAUCGCGCAACGUCGAGCAACAACGCCGAUCAGACUCGUCCGAGGAUGGAACGUCGAGUCACAAUCGGAUCAGCAACAGCAACAGCAACCACGGAAACAUCGCGACGUCCUCGGAACGGGACGAUCGAGCGCGUUCUCGUCGCCGAGCGCGAGCCUCCUCGAGAGAGGCCGCCUCCUCGAGCACCGUCUUCUCCGUGAUAUACGACAUCGCGUGCUGCGAUGGACCGGUGCGCUUUCACCGAGUCCUGAACGAGAACUAUUCGUCAGCAACGUCAGCGCACGGAUCCGGCGCGCAGCCACGUCCGCAGAGGAACUGUCAAGUGACGGCGGAGAGCGAGGACCCGUCGAGCGAAAACGACGAGAACGGUGGACCCGCGAGCGGCCGCAGGAGCGGCCUCGCGCGCAGUCCCAGCAACGACUCCAGCAACGACGCCAGCAACGCCAACAACGGCGGUUGCUACACCUGCGGCUACUGUAAGCACACCUUCAAGUCGCAAUAUUGCUACAGGAAGCACGCGAAGCGGCACUUGUUGCCGCCGACGAGGGUCAACGAGACGACCAGCGACAGCGGCGACGGAGGUUCGAGACAGGAAGCCGUCGCUGCCACAGCUGCCACCGCCGCCGCCGCCGCCGCCGCCCACGGAAACAGGAGAGAGGUCAGAUUGCUGGAUCUGAACGUGCAAUACUAUCCCUGCAAGAUUUGCGGAUGCAAGUUCCCGAGUUACUACUUCGUGCACAAACACCGCAAGCUAUGCCAUGCGAACGACGAGGAGAGACAGGUCGUCACCGACGGAACCAUCGCGUCGAAUCGCGACGUGAACGUGUCCUCCCCUCAGGAUGCUCCGUGAAACGAGAAGACGCGAUUCCCCUCGUCACUCUGGACAGAUAGAUUUUACUCUCUUCUAUUCUCAACGAAAAUAUUUAUAGACGGAAUUUUACAAGAAAAAUGGCACUUCAAUGGGACUCAAGUAUCGAUACUUAGGCGUCAAAUAUACGA